CGACAUUAAACAUUUCUCUGCUACCACUCCGGCAGUUGUUCGGAUCCUUCCUUCAAUUCCCAGACGAAGGUUUCGGCUGCCGGCAAAGAGCGCGGAGACCCGCCAGGUUCGGAAACUUGGUCCGUCUCUGCAGGAUUCGCUCGGCCGUUUCUCGUGCGGUAGUGAGCGGAGGGAGCCUUCCUGCAGUCAUCGCGGCAUAACUACCGCGGAGUUCAGAGUCCAGACUUUAGAGUCAGCCUCAUAGGGCGUUUUAAUCUGCACAGGAGAUGGGGCCGUCUCUAUUUGUGUUGCCAGGCGUGCGGCAAGAGUGGGCAUUGGAUUCGGGAGGAAGGCUGAUGGAAGUAAUAACAGCAAUAACAGCAAUAGCAGCUUUUUGUAGCUAGUGUUAUGCAUGGAAGAAAAGGCCCUAAAAGUCCUUAAUUGAUCUAAUUACUGCAAGGCUCACGGAGGGUUGAGACCGUUGUUGCGGGUCUGAUGCUAGCCUCAUGCAGCUGGCAGCCAAACUCUGUUGCCUCACGCCGCAUUUCUUCCUCCUUUCACCUUCACUGUCAGGCAUAAGCAUAAGCACAACGAUUUCAUCAAUUCUCAUCUGUCCAGACCCCCAAGUCAAAUCAACUGAAUACUCCAAGAACGAUUUGAUGAUGUUCGAAUAACCCGUCAGGUUCCCUAAUUACUGCACUAUCUGUUCUGCCUGGAAAAAUCUCUCCAAGCUACACACACAAGAUCGCGAGUCGAAUACUUUUCAUCUCUAAACCACUGCAUUCUUCUCAAAGGCAACGCGCAAUACAAACCAUGGCCCUUAGAGUCCGAUUACGAUACUUCCAUCUACCUCGAAGAUCAUCGUAUCUGCGUGGGUAGCGGUGUGCGCCUUGCCUCAGACUUUUCCAGGAUUCGUCCACCGUCUAUCUAUUUCCCUCCUGGGGUUUCGACCAUCGUGGAGGACAAUUCUCUUUUGUCGUUUCAUAAAAACGCCCUAGUUCAGGAACUAUUUGGAUUCCUAUCUUUUCCCUCUGUCUCCCUGUCCUUUUUUCACGGGAAAAAUUAGAUUGCCGAUUUCGUCAUGUUCUCUCAAAGAUUUCGGCAGUCGCUUGGCCGCUGCAUCAUUGCGGUGCUCCCGCCAUUCAAUUUCCUGACACUGCAUUAUACCUACUUCUUCGCGACUUGUCUGAUCUGCAGUGUCAUUUUCUGGGCCUCCUCAACUCCCUUCCGUAGUGUGAGUUAUACUGAUGCACUGUUCAUGUGCGUCAGUGCUAUAACUGGGGCUGGUCUCAAUACAGUGGACUUGUCAUCCCUGAAUACCUUCCAGCAGCUUAUAUUGUUUUUCCUAAUCAUUGUUGGGUCACCUAUCAUAAUUUCGAGUACCGUUCUCUAUGUGAGAAAGCGGGCCUUCGAGUCCAAAUUUAAAGGGAUCUCGCAAGAGCGCGCACGGUCCAGACACAAUUCUGUAUUCGACCAUCAGGCAAGGUCGGAUAUUGACUUGCCUAGCUAUUCUCGCCCUGGCAAUACAGGGGCAUACGGCGGAGACCAAUGUGAUCAAUCGAACUCAGCGGCCCAAACUACGCCCACAGACCCCACGGAUCUAAAUCAUAUACAUUGGGUUGGAGAUGAUCAGAUAACGAUCGGCAAUGUGAAACCACGAUGCCACCAUCAUCGUGUUUUUCCAAUGGCGGGAGUCGGGGCCAGAAAAGAUCUGAACAAUGAUCCAAGAGACGUCCCGCCAAAUCACUCGUUAUAUGACGAAACUGAACUUGCUGGGUUUAAGGGCGUUUUGAAGGGCACUCAGAAAUUCAUUUUGGCCUCGAAAGCCUUCAUAUCACGUAACUCACAGUUCCAUGGUCUCACCCCUGAAGAGCGUGAAGAGCUAGGUGGAGUCGAGUACAGGGCGGUCUCUUUCCUGUCAAUCAUCGUGCCAUUGUACUUCUUCUCUUUCCUUAUCCUCGGGGCCAUUGGUGUAGGAAGUUGGCUCACUGUGAACCGUCCACGUGUUGCCCAGGACAAUGGAUUGUCGCCCUUCUUCACCGGCGCCUUCUUUGCGGUUUCUGCGUUUGGGAAUAGCGGAAUGGCUCUUCUGGACGCAAACAUGACUGCAUUACAAACUAAUGCAUAUCCCCUUAUUACGAUGGGAAUGUUGAUCCUAGCGGGAAAUACAUUGUAUCCCUGCUUCUUACGUUUUAUUAUCUGGGGGAUGAGGCGUCUUUUGCCGAAAAAGGCGACCUGGGACGAAUGGAAGAUUACGCUGGACUUUAUUCUAAAGCACCCCAGGCGGGUCUAUACGAACCUCUUCCCGGCACGCCACACAUGGUACUUGCUGGGUACCAUAGUCAUUCUAAAUGGAAUCGAUUGGGCUGGUUUUGAAAUCCUCUCAAUCGGCAAUAAUGAAAUCGACAGCCUGCCAACGGGAUAUCGAGUCCUGGACGGCUUGUUUCAGGCAUUAGCCGUGCGCUCUGGAGGAUUCUACGUUGUGACCAUCUCCAAACUUCGCCAAGGCUUGCUUGUCUUAUAUGUGCUUAUGAUGGUUAGUAUCACUCUUGAUUCGGUAUAUCACGAACCGUGAUAGCCAACUGAUAAGUAUCCAGUAUGUUUCAGCAUUUCCGGUAUUGAUUACUAUAAGGAACACAAACGUCUACGAAGAACGGUCGUUGGGUAUCUACGCCCACGACGACGCAUACGACCAAGAAUCCUCGAGCUCCAGUUCCAGUGAGCUGUUUAUGGCUUUGAUCCGUCAGCAUCUCCUUGGGCGCUCCGACGUCCCAACGUCAGCCAAUGAAUCCUCCCGCGGUUACUUCGUUCGCCAACAGGUCCGUUCCCAACUCAGCCACGACAUUUGGCUGGUUGCUGUCGCGGUCCUGUUUAUCUCUAUCGCGGAGUCAUCCAACUACAACCACAACCCUAUGGCUUUCUCAACCUUUAACAUCAUCUUCGAGGCUGUCUCCGCCUAUGGGUGUGUGGGGAUAAGCGUGGGUUUUCCCGGAAAGAAUUACUCCUUCUGCGGCGCGUGGCAUACGAUCAGCAAGUUGAUCCUGGCGGCGGUUGCAUUGAGGGGAAGACACCGGGGUCUUCCGGUUGCUGUUGAUCGGGCAGUCAUGCUGCCGAGUGAGUGGCUGGCAUGGGCGGAAGAGGAGGAUGCAGCAUUGAGGAGCGAAAGGUCGAGGACUUGGGGGGCAGACAGGAUGCCUGUCGGGGCUGUUUAGUUUUGGAUAUUAAUGAGUAUGGUGCGCUUUGUUCGGAUUAUUUUACAAUUAAUCUUUGAUAGCAAUCAUGAGUGAGUUUUAGCAUGGUUAUAUUGUGGAUUUUGUCAUGUGCCACUGAGUCUAUGGGGGUUGGAUUCUUGCUUUGGAGGAUUUGCCACUCCAGGGCGUUCAAUAUGCACCAGGUUUCUGCUUGCAUCAUUUGUGAUGGGCAUGUCAAUGGCAUGGGUAAUUUGGAAGUGGUUAACCAGGCACCAUUGUCGAACUGCCCGUAUAAAAUAGAGGUGGUGAGCAGCCCAAGGGGAAUAUGUGACCGCUCACUGAGACCAUGAGUACUCAGGCGAGCGCUCACCUGAUGUAAAAUAUGUUGAUGGAGGUCGAACUCGCUGAGUUGGUUGUUCUAGCUAGGGUUAACUAGUUAACUAUCUACGCUAUGCUAACUAAGGAGCUGAACCAUGGGGACCACCAACAAAAUACUCCCUGGGCACUCCCUGAGCGCCCUCGUGAAAGCAUGGGCAUCCAGAAGGGGGAAAUCAAUGUGGUUC